CACACACUGACUUUUUUUUCUCUCACACUCCCAUAGCAAUUUCUGCACCAUGCAAAGUAAUCUGGGCUCUAGUCCCUGUAGAACAAGCACCGAGAGCUCUGAUCACUGCUGAUUGUAGCCAGAUUUCCUUAGGACUUUGUGGAAUAAAUGAACCUCAUGCCUCUACUUUAUCUUCAUCGUUUUUAACCCUUUGUCAGACAGUGGCUUCUUUUUUUCUUUUUUUUUUAUUCCUGUCAAUCCACACCAGCAUGCAGCUUCUUUUCAGCUCCUAACCUGGAUGGCUUAUUCUGUCCCUCACUACCCAGGGAGUGGUGUAUUCUUAUGGGGAAACACUCUGUGAGAUUUGCCAGUCUAUCACCCUGCAGUUCAUUUACUUUGGAAUUCAUGGUGAAAAGUCAAUUUAACGACAACGGCGGACAAAAAAACAGAAACUUUGCAGAGUUUGCAAUUUUUUUUCCUUUCCACUCUGAGGACAUAGAAAAAUGCACAGACCAUUGACCGUCCUAUCUACUGAGAAACAGCGCUUCAAAGAAUCCUCCUGUCCGGAGUGUGUUCCCGAGAGCUCUUUUGAAUCUGACUGCCAGCAUCCAGCUUUGACAAGCACAAUAGUCAGAGAUGAUCAGACAAGAGCAAUUUGUAUAGCAGCGAUCUUUUCCAAACUGUUUUGUCUGCUUCAUCUGAUUGCGAAAACUCCUCGGUUUUCAAGUGAAAUUGACCCUAUUGAGAACGGUAGAGCAAGAAGAGGGUGUAGGAUUUCCUGAAAAGAGGGCACAGGUUAUUCCUGGAGGAAGUUCAGGGUCUGGAAUAAAGAAUGAAUCCAAAUUUCUGAAGAACAUCUGAAGACAGGCUUAAUUCACAUGGGAAAAGAAGAAUCUGUGAUCUUACAGGUGAAUAGGGUGAUGUCCAUCCUGUUUUGUGUGAUGUUUCUUCCUUAUCUUUGUGGCAUCCACGCUACCAACAUGGAUAAAAGGAAUUUGCCAGAAAACUCGAUGAAUUCUCUGUUUAUUAAACUGAUUCAAGCAGACCUUUUGAAAAACAAGUUUUCCAAGCAGACAGUUGAUACCAAAGAAAACCAUCAAAGUACCAUACCAAAGCCAGAAAUUCUUCUUGACUUGGAUGGGGAUGAUAAUAUGAAACAAGACUUCCAACCUGUCAUCUCAUUAGAAGCAGAACUAGUAAAGCAGCAGAGGCAACGGCGCUAUAAAUCACCUAGGGUACUUCUGAGUGACAGCCUUCCUUUGGAACCUCCUCCCUUAUACCUAAUGGAUGAUUAUAUUGGGCAUUCAACGGUGGUAAAUAACAGAACCUCAAGGAGAAAAAGAUUUGCAGAACAUAAAAGCCAUAGAGGUGAAUAUUCAGUUUGUGACAGUGAAAGUUUGUGGGUUACAGACAAAUCGAAUGCCAUUGACAUUCGAGGACACCAAGUAACUGUGUUGGGGGAAAUUAAGACAGGAAAUUCUCCAGUGAAACAAUACUUUUAUGAGACAAGGUGCAAAGAAGCAAGACCUGUCAAAAAUGGCUGUCGUGGUAUUGACGACAAACACUGGAAUUCCCAAUGUAAAACAUCACAAACUUACGUGAGAGCAUUGACUUCGGAAAAUAACAAAAUGGUGGGUUGGCGGUGGAUAAGAAUAGACACAUCCUGCGUUUGUGCAUUAUCAAGAAAAAUAGGGAGAUCAUAACUGCAUUGUUUCAACCUAUAAAUUAUUACUUUAAAUUAUAUGAUAUGCAUGUAGCAUAUAAAUGUUUAUAUUGUUUUAUAUAUUAUAAGAUGUUCUUAUUUAUUAAAUUUCAGCAAACUUAUAUAAGCUUUAUGCCCCCUCUUGAAACAAAAAAGAAAAGGAAAAAAAAGAAAGAGAAGAAUCCUCUGCCUUCUCUUGGGCAUUUUCGUAAUUCCGGAAGAAAUAUGUUUAAGAUUUUGCUGCAAGCAGUAUAUACUUCACUGUAAAACCAAAACCUUUGUGUGUCAGUAUUUUUCCUCCAGUAUUUUUCAUGCCAGUGACUUUUUAAGCAAGCCUAUUAAAUCCAGUUAUAUCAGAGAUGUAUAAACUGUAUGCACAUUAUAUUCAAUUUCAAUAUAUUUUACCUCGAGAAAAAAAAGACAUAAUUUAAAAUACCCUACAGAUGAAUGUUAACAAAGGAAAGACCCCCCCCCAACAUUGUUCUACUGUGUUUUUGUUUUGUAUAUAUAAGAAUAGUUUUAUCGACAUAGCUUUUUAUCUGAGACAGUGUUUCUAAAGCAAUGUUUAUGGUCCAUUGAUUUUUAGAUUAGAUUUUAUUCUAUCCAAUUUGCUUUGUAAUUGGUCAUGUUACUGCCAACAACUUUUUCAACAACUCUGGUAGUAAAGUUAUUUUGAACUUUUUAUUUUAUAGCCAAAAUGGAAACGAAUGGUGCUGGUAAUUCAACAUCACAAUAUAAAAGGUUUUUUUUUUUUUUAUUAACGUUUCGUUAUAUUUGGUCUGAAACUUCCAUCUAUGAUGUAUUGCUAAAAUAUUCCUACCUUAAGUAAAGGGAAAAAGUCUUUUAUCCAGUAUAUAAAUGACAGUCACUGAAUAAAAUGUGUCAAUAAUAUAUUUCAGUUUUGUAAAUCUCAGAUUAUUAAAGCGUUAUGUUCGCAUUGUUGUAUGUACCCUU